UGCCUGGCUGGCGGGGGCCCCCACUGCCUUUCUGGGGCCCUGACUCUCGCUUUGUUUCCUUCCAGGAGACGGUUCCCCUGGGGGGCCAGCAUGGUGCCCUCCAACCCGCCCACGGAGGAGCCGGGGCCAGGGCCGGGCCGGGAGCAGCGGGCCUGGCGCUGCCUGGUGGGCUACCUGUGCUUCUACGGCUUCAUGGCCCAGCUGCGGCCCGGGGAGAGCUUCAUCACGCCCUACCUGCUGUCCCCCGACAAGAACUUCACGCGGCAGCAGGUGACCAACGAGAUCACGCCGGUGCUGUCCUACGCCUACCUGGCGGUGCUGGUGCCCGUGUUCCUGCUGACCGACUACCUGCGCUACAAGCCGGUGCUGGUGCUGCAGGGCCUGAGCUACGUGGCGGCCUGGCUGCUGCUGCUGCUCGGCCGCUCGGUGCUGCACAUGCAGCUCAUGGAGGUGUGCUACAGCGUCACCAUGGCCGCGCGCAUUGCCUACUCCUCCUACAUCUUCUCGCUGGUGCGCCCCGCGCGCUACCAGCGCAUGGCCGGCUACUCGCGGGCCGCGGUGCUGCUCGGCGUCUUCACCAGCUCCGUGCUGGGCCAGCUGCUGGUCAGCGUGGGCCGCGUGUCCUUCGCCACGCUCAACCACGUCUCGCUGGCCUUCCUCGCCUUCAGCCUGGUGCUCGCGCUCUUCCUGAAGCGGCCCCGGCGCAGCCUCUUCUUCAACCGGCCCGCGCCCGCGGCCGCGCCCCCGUCCGAGCUGGCCCCCAUGCACGCCGGCCCCGGGCGGGGCUGGCGGGACUGGACGCUGGUGCGCAUGCUGCGGGAGCUGGGGCUGAGCCUGCGGCGGCCGCAGCUGCGCCUCUGGUCGCUCUGGUGGGUCUUCAACUCGGCCGGCUACUACCUGAUCAUCUACUACGCGCACAUCCUCUGGAGCGUCUUGCAGCCCACCCGAGAGGCCGCCUCGGCCUACAACGGCGCGGCCGAUGCCGCCUCCACGCUGCUGGGUGCCUGCACCUCCUUCGCCGCGGGCUUCGUGAAGAUCCCCUGGGCGCUGUGGGCCAAGCUGGUCAUCAGCGUGGUGACGGCCGCGCAGGCCGGCCUCAUCCUCCUCAUGUACAGCUCCCACACCCUCUGGCCCUGCUACGCGGCCUUCGUGCUCUUCCGCGGCGCCUACCAGUUCCUGGUGCCCAUCGCCACUUUUCAGAUCGCGUCCUCCCUGUCCAAGGAGCUCUGCGCCCUGGUCUUCGGGGUCAACACCUUCCUGGCCACGGUCCUCAAGACCAUCAUCACGCUCAUUGUGUCAGACAAGCGCGGCCUGGGCCUCGAGGUCCAUGACCAGUUUCUCGUGUACUUCACCUACUUCGUGCUGCUGUCUGCGCUCUACUUCUUGGGCGCUCUGCUGGGGGGCCUGCAGCACUGCCAGCGGGGUCGCCACCGGCCCCUGCCCCAGGCCCAGGAGCUGAGCGGCCCCAUGGAGGGGAAGGUGCAGGACGGCGUCUUCGGGUCCCUGCCGCCCGCCUCGCCGGACAGCCCGUGGGAGCCCCCUGCCAAGGCCUGAGCCCUGGCUGCCCUGCCCGCCCGGGGGCCAGGCAUGCGCCACCUCCCGUCCUUGCGACACGUCAGAGCCGACCUGGCCUCUCGGUGCGACCAGCGGACCCUCCGGCGCCGUCCAUGUUCCAGAGUCCAGACUGCAGGACGUGCGGCCCGAGGGGCCUGUCCGGAGCCCACCAAGAGCACCGCCUGCCUUGGGGCUGUGCUGGCCGCGCUGCUGUCCGACGCCCAGGGUGACCCUGGAAGUCUGGCUGUGCCCGCAGGCCCCCUGCCCCACUGUGCCCUGUGGGGGUCGGCGCCGGAUGCCCGCAGGGGUCUCAGGGCCGGUGCUUAGCCCUUCUCCCGCCGACAUGCUCGAGGAGAAAGCUUGCGGCCAGACUCUGCGGUGGGGCUGGCGCGCAUCCCCGCCCUCUCCCCACUGUCCAUCCCACCAGCCCCCGGUGUCCAGGGAGCAUGCGUGCCCUGGCCGCCCCCCAGCCCGCCCUAGGAGACAGUCACCUCCUGAAGCGCUGAGCAGCGGCCCAGCGGGGCUCCUGUCCCCACCGCACAGGCAGGCCCCCAGCAGGCUCCCUGCCCCCAGCCCCUCAGGGCACCACCUGGGAGGCUGGCAGCUGAGCCUACAGGGCCAAGGAGGCUGCGCUGCAGGGGUCCCGGGUGUGGGGGUGUCCAGGACACCCCAGGGAUACAGGAGGCCAUGCAGGGUGCUGUCCAGGGUGGGUGGUCCCCAGGCCUGUCCACAGUCCCUAGAGACGCUGAUGGCAAGGGGCAGCACAGUGCCCAGGGCUCAGCGCUGCCCCCUCCAGGCUGAGCUUGCAGGGCCUGGCCCUGGCCCUUGUCCACCUUGCACAUGGUCCACUUCAAGGUCUAUUGUCACCUGCUCGUGGGGACUCCUGGGGUCAGACCUCAGGCUCCUGUGCUAGUCCGAGUGCCCUCAGGCCAUGUCAGUCCCGCACACCUGGCCCCACGUGACCCCGUGUGUCUGCACACCUGUGCGUUCCCGCACACCUGGCCCGGGGCGCAUCUGUGGCAACGGAGCUGUGUCAGGCCAGGUGACACCCAGGGACAGGUUCAUUGGGUCUCAGGAGCUGCACCACACAGGCCCAGGCUGAGCAGACCCACCCGCCCUCAGGGAGCCCCAGGGUCCCUGCAGCUUCCCCCAGGGUGGUGACACGGGUGUGCUGGGUGGGGGCCGGGGCUGCCAACAUAAGUGGGCAGCGACCACCCUCCACUGGGCCUGUACAUGCUCAGCCGUCCUGGCCCCCGGAAGGCCCUGUCUUCAGAGGUAACUGGAGCCCAGAGCAGGCUCAGCAGCAGUCCCUGGGAGAGCUCUGGGUGAGGGUCCCCAGACAGGAUCCUGCCACUCCCAGUCUCUAGAGCCUCCCAGAGGUCCUGCGAGGCCCUUACUGGGGUUGAGAUCUGCCUAGAAAGACCUCAUAGACCCCUUGGGAGGGGUGGUAGCCUGGCCCGCGAGGGUGCUGCAGUGGGGCAGUGCACGGCAGGGGGCAGGAGAGACGGGCAGGCCCCCCUGCCACUGGCUCGCGUCCAGAGGGAGGGGGCAGGCCCUGCACCGGGCUGCCCGCACGCACAGCUCUAGUUUCCUCCGCACAAGGGGUGCUGGGCGGCCUGCGUGGAGGGAGCUGGGAUGGGGCAGGAGAGUCUCAGCACCAGGAUGUUUUAAACUUUUUAAAAAAUACUCUUUGGCUUUUUGUAUUUCUUGAGGAUUACAUGAAAUGUGAACUAUAGGGUCAAGUGUCCCAGCCAGUCCCUGCCUGGGGGCGCGGGCCCCACAGUCCCUGCCCUGCGGGGCUCCUGCUCCGCGGCCGUGGGUGGGGUGGCCGUCCUGCGGGGCCUACUGGGCGGCCGCGGUCAUGAAGCUGUUCUCGAUGC